AGUGCGCGUGCUGAAAAUGUCUCUGUGUGAUAGUUUUGUGUCUCCUUGUUCCUGUUUGAAGUUUUCUUUAAAUUGUACUCGGGCAGAACAUUCUUUAUCUUGUAAACAGUGAAAAACAAUUUCUUGAGGAGAAAUUACAUAAAUGUGGAAGUGCAGUGAUAAUCAGUUUAGAAGUGUAUUCUGUGAUCUGUCAAAAAUUCACGUCAGCCGCCACCUCAACGUUUCUGGUGACCUGGCCAAAUCGAAAUGGAAGCACCUGCGCGACCACUUCCGCUGCGAGCUGAAGCGCUGCAUCAAGAGCCGCCAAGGCAAGAACGGGCGCUACCGCUCCUCCUGGGUGUGGUUCUGGCCGCUGGUCUUCCUCAAGGAGCAGAUGCUGCAGCCGCGCUACCGCGACGGCGGCGCCGGCGCCGGCGGGGGCGACGAAUCAGCGGGCGACGACGACACCAACGCUCUCAGCGGCGGGGAUGACACACUAGCGUCAGACGCCGGCGGCGCCACCAUCAAGACGGAGCCCAACACCAGCCCCCGGGCUCCGUGCAAGCGCCGCCGCUCCGAAGGUCUGGAUCGGGACUUCCUCGACCUGGAUCGGAGGAACCUGCUCCUGGACGAGUCGUCCCUGCCCCCCGGCGCCGUCACCUACGACGACACCGAGCACUUCUUGCUGAGUCUGGCGCCGGCCGUGCGCACGCUGCCGCUGACCCGCCAGAUGCUGGUGCGCCUCAAGAUCCAGGAGCUGGUGUCCAACGAGGUGAUCGCUUGCCAGGAGGCGGGAGGCUCCGCCGACGUGGAAGGGUUGGACGGGCCCAGCGUUGUGGAGACGUCUUUGGAGAUCCCCGAGAUCAGCCAGGGCUGGACGCCCGGCGGCGGCGGCGGCGGCGGUGGCGGCGGGGGUGACAGAGCAGAGGAGGGGCCAGCAGCGUGGGCGAGCGCCGCCAAAUGAAUGUGGCGACGCGCGGCGGGCGUGAGUGCGGGG